AUGAGUUUGAAUUUUGGUGAAAUUGUGGAACCAUCGACCCGUGCCUUCUGGGAUGAUUAUGACGAAGAGGAUGAAAAUGAUAAUUUAUUAUUAGACCCAUUGGAAUGGAUUUGGUACAACGGCGGUGAGGAGGAAUCCAGUGAGGAAUUGGAAAUUCAAAAAACGUUGCAAGAUCCGUUUCGCUUUGUCAUUAUCGAAGGACAGAAAGUCAGCAGUUUCGUGCAAACGGCAAUACUGAACGGGAAAUGUAAUCCCAUGUGUCAGCUUUCGUCAGGCACGGUUAACUUAUUUCACCUUCCAGCGGAGAAAUUAUUACUUUGCGUAUCGGAAGAACUGGAGCCAAAUCUGUUCGGAAAAAUAACGAAUAAGUUAUCCCGCUGGUUGGAUGCAGCAGAGGGCCUUACAACCAUAUCAUUGCUGCCGGCUGUCAUGUAUAAGGGACUCUCAGAGCCCGAGCAAGAUAAAGUUUGUUUCAUCAAAGCACUUAACGGAAAUGCAUUGCUUUCAAUAUCUGGCAUUGGACAGCUAGAAGCACCCAACGUGAUCACUGGAGUUUCUGCAGGUGCAGCGAGCUAUCGUAAAUUCCGUAGCAAGGAGACUGCCAUUUAUGGCUGUUAUUUGGAUUCGGUUAUAUUAGAUUCGGUGUCCUCUGCGCCAAUACUACGUCUCUUAAAAGCAUUGCAGAUACCUUGUGCUGAUCGUUAUGAACUCAAGUACAAGACAAGCUCUAACCUGUACAUGUAA